AUGCAAAAGCCACAACAGCCGAUGCGUACGCACACGCCGGAAGAGGAGGCCGAUGCCGAGUGGAUGAAGAGGCAGCGGCUGGUGGAGAACAUCGCCAACAAGCAGCAACAGUGCCGCCUCAUAGAGGACCAGGGCCGGCAGUGCUCCCGCACACGACCGCUCACCCCCGAGUGCAUGGACCUGCUCAAAAUGCAAAUCGCCUGCUACGGUGACUUGUCGGACAAGGCGGUGGAGUGCCUGCGACGGAACAGCAGCGGGCAGGAGGGUGCGGUCGAGGUGGCGUGUGCGGUGCCGCUGCGGCAGCUCAAGGAGUGCGUGCAGCCCCGUCUCCGGCCCCACAAGCUCGCCUUCCGGCAAGAGGCGGCACGUCCCAGCCAGGCCUGUCCGGCUCAAGCCGCGAAGCUGGAGGCUUGUCUGGCAGCCGCCCACGAUCCCUUGCAGCCUGCCGACCCGCACGGCUCGCUCGGGAAGCCCAAGUGCCCAGCAGAGCUGGCCGAGCUGCACGAGUGCUUCACAACGUCAGUGUGCCCCGAGCCCAUGGCCGCCCUUCGGCAAUGCUUCGCACAGCUUCCACGACCAGCCGACAACAAGGAGAGCAGCGCGGAACCAGAGGCGGCCCAGGCGGCGUGCAUGGCGGAGAAGAGGCGGGUGAGCAUGUGCAUGCAGGAGGACGCCCUUCGCUCCUACGCGCGCCAGGGCAUCCCACUCUCCCUCCACGCCAAAGAGCAGUAA